AUGGGUGACAAAGAAGAGGUUGAUACUCGGUUGGAGUUUUUGAGUGAAUAUUUGCUAAAAACGCUUAAACAGAAAAUCGACAAGUGGGCAAAGUUUAUUACUGGCGAUGAAAGGCACAUACUAAUGAGAUUCUUCGAUACGCCGAAGUAUGAACUACUCGUAUUUCGUAUGAACACUGCCGGCCUGCUAACAUGUUCUUUGACGUUCCCUUCCAUUAGCAGGGGUAAAAUGGUGUAUUUCCUUCGGAAUGUUCAGGAGAAGAUUACACAGGCAAAUUUUAGACAGGCUUUGACUAUAGGCGAAAUGUCUGGCAACGUACUCAUGGACAUGAUGGUGUUGGCUGAUGAAGUGAUCGGUCCUCUCCUAUGUAACCCUGAGAACCAGAAAGGAUGGCCGAAGAUAGUUAAGAACGACAUGAUGAGACAUGUAAAUGAGCUUAGGAAUUUGAUGUACCAGUUAAAAGGCGAAAUGUCUAGCCAAGUAUUGCUGCCUAUGCCAGCAGGCGUGGAGACCAUUUUCCACGCUGAGGGUAGGCUGAAAGAAAGUGAUGGAGAGGACGUGGAUUUGUAUUUAAAGACGAACAUUGAAGGAGCUAUAAUAAAGUGGGCACAACAAGUUCAUGACCUGCUGGCAGAGGACUCUUACAUAGCAUUCAAAAGAACAAAGUUCCCACUGCCCAGCGCCGACAUAAACUUUUACCAGCAGCGUUUGAAGAACUUGGAAGGCAUUUACUCGCAGUUGCGUGAUCCUCGCGUCAAAAGAAUGGCGCACUACUUGGAAGAUACGCGCAGCGUGUAUCUCAGCUGCUUCAAGACCAUGCUUACCAAUGUGGUUGCCGCUAUCGUCGAGUGUCGAGAUAUUUAUGUCUAUCAGAGACCUUUAACAUUUCAUUUCGAAACUUUUGAGGCAACCGAAUUUACUGAUGCUAAACAUUUGAUUCGACCGAUGAUUCACUGUAUCGGUCUACUGUGGGGAAACUCGAGAUAUUUUUGCAGCGUGGAGAAACUUAUACCUCUACUUCGCGAAGUCUGUAAUCUUGUAAUACAGCAGAGCUCGAAUUGUAUCGACCCUCCGUCGAUAUUCCAGGGAGAACCUGAUGAACAGCUGGUCAAAAUAAGAAAGUCACUAAGUAUUCUGAAUCAUUUUCUUGAAACAUACGAGAUGAACCGCGAUAAAGUCCACACAUUCUUCCCUCCCGGUGUGAUGCCGGUGCGCUGGGCGUUCGACUUUGACCGCGUCUUCUUUCGUUUCAACGUCUACAUGAAGCGUCUCAAGAUGAUCGAGAACAUUCUAGAGGCAACCGUUGAGAUAAUGAAGCUGGAGAAAGUGGAGUUUUGUGGGUUAAGAGGGAAGAUAUUGAGCACUGAAUGUAUGAAGGUCCUAGAAGAUUACUCGCUGAAAUACAGUAAUCUGGGCAACAUAACAUAUGACCCGGCUGACCCAGAAGACGAUUCCUUCUUGCCGGACCAUGACGAGCACAUGGCAGUACUUGAAGACACAGACAGACGUCUUGCAUCACUUUUCGCUCAGGGUCUUGACGAGUGCCAUAAUUUGGAACAUUUCUUCAAGUUUUUCCAAAUAAUUGGAGAUCUAUUUCAUCGACCAAUCAUUAAAAAUGAAUUGAAACCCAAGCUUCCGAGAUUACUUGAUUACAUGCACGCUAAUUUGGAUGCUGUGAAAGAAAUAUUUGAUGAAGAAAUGGCGAAGAUAACGAAAGGACCCGAGAGACCUAUGGUAGAUCCAUAUCUCCCUCCAGUGGCUGGUAUGCUUUGGUGGUGCUACAAACUCCGCAGAAGGAUUCAAGCUCCCAUGGAAGACUUCAUUAUGUUUGAAGAUCCCAUCAUAGAAUCAGAAUAUGCAUUAUACGUGAAACAAAAGACGAACGAGAUGUUGGGCUACCUGAACGUCGUGGAAGACAAGCAGUUCAAGGCAUGGUGUGCCACCGUGCCAACUAUCUGUAAGACCCAUCUUGCCAAAAACUUGAUAUAUAGGGAUCCACCCUUCGUAAGGAAUAACUUCAGCCCAGAGUUAUCGAUGCUAUUGCGUGAAAUACGCUACAUGAAAUAUUUGGAUAAGCAAGGUAUUCCGCAAGACGGUCUUGAUCUAUACGCAAGGAAUGAGAAGUUACAGUAUGAUAUGAACCGCUUGAACCGCGCUAUCGCGUGGUACAAUGCCAUUCGCGAAGGCAGCCAUGAGACAGAGGUGGCACUCAUUGAGAAGGAAAUCUCAGCCAUUGAUCAACUGUUGGGUCGUGGCGUUGAGGAACUCACUUGGAAUGACGAUUUUACUGAUUGGAUGGCGGAGGUGUACACAGCGAUUAACACACUGCAAGAACGUGUACUGACAGCGCAGAACAAUGUGAAGCGGGGACUAGCGAACAUCGAGUCUUGGGGCAACAUCCCUCUGCAUAACCGCAAGACGAAUCCUGACAAACUGGAGCUAUUGGCAGUUAACGAACGCCACCGCAGAUUUUUAAACAGGCGAAACAAAAUUCUCGAAAGUCACAAGGAGUUCCAAGACAUUUUGGCGGACAACUACAGACUAUUUUUCAAUAUAAAAGAUGCGGAAGAGGAUAUAAUCGAAGAAGAGACCUUAGAGGAAGUAGACGAAGCUACAUUAGAUGAAGAAGAGAAAGCAGCAAGAGCCAGAAAGUUACAAGAGAUUGAAGAUAGACGCGAAGCGGCACGCUUGGCAAAAGAGGAAAGAGAACGAGAGAAGGCUGAGAGGGAUCGAAUUACAUUUGAAAGACGGGAGGCGCGUCGCAUGAAGCGAGAAAUCAAAGCUGCUGAGAAAUUGGACCGCGAUGCUCGACGAGAAUUAGGUGAGGAAGUAGAAUCUCCAGCGGAAGAAGAAGAAGAAAUAACCGAUCCGGAAGAAUUGGCUGACAUCCAAGCUGAAAGAAUUGAAAUGGAAGAGGCGGCCUUCAGGGCAGAACGUUGGCCUGCCUAUGUGAAAUAUGUUGACGCACUUGUUUCGAAACAAAUAAUGAAAGCAGUGCAGGUCAGUUUGGAUCUAUUUGAGGUACAGACUAACUUGGAAACGGGGCCACGAACUGCUUUUAUGGAAGUUAUUGCGGAGCUCAGGGACCCAGAUAUAUUUUUCACCCCUUCACUUGACACUGUUCAGUUAGAAGAGGAUGGUCUCUACUACACGCUCAUGGAAAUGAUGAAAGAUAUGUUUCUACAGACUACAUUAUUCCCGAGGAUAGAUCCGGUUGUCGUCCCUAUAGCUUCCUAUGAAGAUGAUUUGAUCGCCGAAGAUGCUAUGAUUGAUCUUUACCAUGAAAUAUUGAAGAGAAUUGAAAAUAGUAUCAAUGAUAUAGCUUCAUAUUCUUCGAAAUAUGAAAAAUACACACCUUUGUGGACAGAAGACAGACAAGAAGUUUUACAGGCUUUCUUAAAGUACGGCCGGUCUAUUACUCCUGAAGAGUUUGAUAAGUACAGAUAUGAGAACCAGUGUGAUCCCCCGGAGGUUAAGCCUACUCUCGAACAAUAUCAGGCAGAGAUUGACAAAUACAACUCUAUGUAUGACGAGGUGGCGGCCCUGCCUUCCGAAUAUCUUUGCAACGGCUGGUUACGGUUGGACUUGAAGCGGUUAAACCAAGCCAUCAUGAAUAUUAUAUGCAAAUGGAGUAAUCUCUAUAAAGAGAAUUUGAAAGAGCACGUGCUUAAGAGCCUGGACGAUCUGGAGACGUUCAUUGCGUACGCUUCAAAGGAGUUAUCAGUGGAACUAGGGGAAGAUGAUUACGAUGGUCUUCUGAAAGUGAUGGGAGUUCUGAACGAGGUUCGCGCUAAAAUGGACGCGGACACCGACCAUAUGUUCGAACCACUACGCGAUAUCAUGGACGUUCUCAAAGAGUAUGGCGUUGACUUCCCUGAAGAGACUUACGAACAGCUGGACGUAUUGCCGGAGAAAUGGCGCAACUUGGUGAAACAAGCCACGGUGAUGAAGAACACGGUGGCGCCACUACAGGCCGCUCAGGCAGCACUCAUUGCCAAGCGUGUGGCGCUCAUCAACCUCAGGCUCAAUAUGUACAGGGAACAGUUCAAGAAUAAAGAGAUGUUCCUCGAGGCAUGCAAAGAGCCGUACAGGAGUAUCGACAAGAUUCACCACGAGCUGUUGGGCUUCGAAGAAAUACUUGACGGGUUGAAGAAGUCUUGCGGACUGUUCGACAUACAGCCUCCAGAUGAGAAGAAUCUGAAACAGUGUAGACGGGAACUUAAGCUUAUCAAGCAAUUAUGGGAUUACUACUACUUGGUGAUGGGCACCAUAGAAUUCUGGAAGAAAUCUCCGUGGAAGAAAAUAGACGCUGAUGGUAUGGAUCAGGAAUGUAAGCGGUUCACCAAAGAUCUACGACAGCUUGACAAGGAUAUGCGAGCAUGGGAGCCAUACGGCGUAAUAGAAUCAACAAUAAAGAAUUUGAUGACAUCGUUGAGAGCCGUCACCGAUCUUCAGAAUCCAGCUAUCAAAGAUAGGCACUGGCUAGAACUGAUGAUGGCAACUAAGGUUAAGUUCUCUCUCGAUGACGAGACAACACUGGCAGAUCUGCUCGCACUAAACCUUCAUAAGUACGAAGAAGAAGUAAAAACUAUUGUGGACAAAUCAGUCAAAGAAGCCGCUAUGGAGAAGACCCUUAAGGAGUUGGAAGCUACUUGGGCAGUUAUGGAGUUCGAUUACGCGAAACACGAUAGAACAGGUAUCAAAGUACCAAAGGCUAGUGAGGAACUGGUUGAAACGCUUGAGGAUAACCAGAACCAAGUACAAAAUAUGAUGUCAUCUAAGUUUGUCGGAUUCUUUGAGAUGGAGGUAACAGAAUGGCAGAAGAAACUUGGUACUGCUGACGCGGUAAUAGCGCUAUGGUUUGAAGUGCAACGUAAAUGGCAAUACUUGGAGAGUAUUUUUGUUGGCUCAGAUGAUAUCCGCUCUCAAUUACCUGAGGACUCAAGGAGGUUUGAUACUAUUGACAAAGACUUUAAGGAAAUGUUAAAAGAUAUAGGAACAACCCCCAAUGUCAUAGAAGCCACCAACAAGCCUGGUCUGCAAGAGAGCCUGGAGGUGCUGAUGGAAGGACUGAACUUGUGCGAGAAGGCCCUCAACAAUUAUCUGGAGACAAAGCGUUUGGCGUAUCCUCGCUUUUAUUUCGUUUCCUCUGCUGAUUUACUUGAUAUUCUAUCAAACGGCAAUAACCCGCCAGCGGUGUGCCGUCACUUGACGAAGUUGUACGAUAACUUGGCGAAGCUCGUGUUUCCCAACGAAACUAGUAAACAAGCAUUCGAGAUGAUUUCAAAGGAGAACGAAGAACACGUGCCUUUCAAAGCACCCUGCUGUGAUUGUUCUGGAAAGGUAGAAACGUGGCUGAACCGUGUGACCGAUUGCAUGCGAUUCACUCUGCGUGAUAUUUUUGAGCACGCUGUUAAGUCGUAUGAAGACAAGCCAAGAGAUGAAUGGGUUUUCGAUUGGCCCGCGCAACCAGCUCUUGUUGGGACCCAGAUUUGGUGGACCACUGAGACUAACCAGGCUUUUGAGAAACUUGAAGAAGGUUACGAGAAUGCAUUGAAAGAUUACCAGAAGAAACAGAUCGCCCAAUUGAACGCAUUGAUUGUUUUGCUACUGGGAGACCUGACUGUCGGAGACCGGCAGAAGAUCAUGACAAUCUGUACCAUUGAUGUACACUCGCGAGAUGUAGUCGCCAAGCUUAUUGUCGCUAAGGUUGAGUCGUCUAAUGCUUUCCAGUGGCAGAGUCAGUUGAGGCAUCGUUGGGAUCUUGGUGUGGCUAAUUGCUUCGCGAAUAUUUGUGACGCACAGUUUCUGUAUGAUUACGAGUAUCUCGGAAACACGCCUCGGCUUGUAAUCACGCCUUUGACUGAUCGCUGUUAUAUCACUCUUACUCAGAGUUUACAUUUAGUGAUGGGAGGAGCUCCAGCCGGUCCUGCCGGUACUGGCAAAACUGAGACCACCAAGGAUUUGGGAAGAGCUCUGGGCAUCAUGGUCUAUGUGUUUAACUGUUCUGAGCAAAUGGACUACAAGUCUUGCGGCAAUAUCUACAAAGGUCUAUGUCAGACCGGCGCAUGGGGGUGUUUUGACGAGUUCAACAGGAUCUCCGUAGAGGUGUUAUCCGUAGUGUCAGUGCAAGUAAAAAGUGUACUCGAUGCCAUUAAAGCCAAGAAGAAGAAGUUCGAUUUCAUGGGGGAAUACAUUACUCUUAUACCAACCGUUGGAAUGUUUAUUACAAUGAAUCCUGGAUAUGCUGGAAGGACUGAGUUACCUGAGAAUUUGAAAGCAUUAUUUAGGCCCUGUGCUAUGGUGGUGCCGGAUUUCGAAUUGAUUUGCGAAAUUAUGUUGGUGGCUGAAGGCUUCCAGGAAGCUCGUCUACUGGCGCGCAAGUUCAUCACCCUGUAUACGCUAUGUCGUGAGCUGUGCUCCAAACAAGAUCAUUACGAUUGGGGUCUUAGAGCUAUCAAAUCUGUGCUGGUGGUAGCUGGUUCUUUGAAGAGAGGUGAUCGUCUAAGACCUGAAGACCAGGUGCUGAUGAGAGCGUUGAGAGAUUUUAAUAUCCCUAAAAUCGUGACUGACGACAUGCCAGUCUUUAUGGGAUUAAUCGGUGACUUGUUCCCGGCACUGGAUGUACCCAGAAAGCGUGACAUGGACUUUGAAAAGAAUUUAAUUGAUGGAGCUUUGUCUAUGAAACUUCAACCCGAGCCUGGUUUUAUUUUGAAGAUGGUGCAAUUGGUGGAAUUGUUUGCAGUGAGACAUUCUGUCUUCAUCGUCGGGUUUGCAGGGACUGGCAAGUCUAUGGUGUGGCAAUGUCUCAAUCGUACUUACUUCAUGUUGAAACAAAAACCAUUUUACAACGACCUUGACCCUAAGGCCGUGACUAAUGAUGAACUGUUCGGUAUCAUUAACCCAGCCACUCGAGAAUGGAAGGAUGGUUUAUUCUCGACCAUAAUGCGAGACAUGGCUAACAUGCCUGGCGAUGGACCAAAGUGGAUCGUGCUUGAUGGAGAUAUUGAUCCUAUGUGGAUUGAAAGCUUGAAUACACUGAUGGACGAUAACAAAGUCCUGACGUUAGCCAGCAACGAACGAAUCGCAUUGACGAAAUCAAUGCGGUUGCUGUUCGAGAUUUCCAACUUGAGGACUGCCACUCCAGCUACUGUGUCACGGGCUGGUAUUCUUUACAUUAAUCCUCAGGACUUGGGAUGGAAUCCGUUCGUAGCUUCAUGGAUAGAUACAACUAGAGAUGAUGAUUCAGAGAAAGCGAUGUUGACCGUGAUGUUCGACAAAUACAUACCGUCAUUGUUAGAGUCCUGUAAGAAGUACAAGAGGAUAACACCACUUACAGAGCUACAACAGAUACAACUCACCUGCUAUUUGCUUGAGUGCUUCUUAAACAAGACUUUGUUACCAAGUGACUGUCCUAAAGACUGGUAUGAAACCUACUUCGUCUUUGCCGUGGUUUGGGGCUUUGGUUCCGCUCUUUUCCAAGAUCAGCUAGUCGACUGGCGUAACGAAUUCAGCAAGUGGUUCUGCAAUGAAUUCAAACAGAUCAAGUUCCCGUCUACUGGCAACGUAUUCAGUUUCUUCAUAGAUCCUGAAACUAAGAAGUUUUUGCCUUGGUCCGAAAGGGUUGAAACCUUCAUGUUGGAUCCCGACAUCCCACUCCAGUCAUGCCUGGUGUCGACAUCGGAGACAACUCGCACCAGGUUCUUUAUGGAUUUGUUGAUAUCAAAGACGAAGCCAGUGAUGUUGGUAGGCAGUGCUGGCAGCGGUAAGACUGUGAGCGUAGCCGCCAAACUGAACUCCUUACCUGACUCGUAUGCUAUUACUAAUGUACCACUCAACUUCUACACUACAUCAGAAAUGAUUCAGAGAGUGCUAGAAAAACCUUUGGAGAAAAAAUCGGGACGUAACUUUGGUCCACCGGGCAGCAAGUUCAUGAUUUACUUCGUAGACGAUAUGAAUAUGCCCGAAGUCGACACGUAUGGCACUGUGCAGCCUCACACGCUUAUCCGACAAUUCAUGGAUUAUAAACAUUGGUACGAUAGACAGAAGCUGACACUGAAAGACAUAUCGAACUGCAUGUUCGUAGCCUGCAUGAACCCGACCGCUGGCUCGUUCACUAUCGACUCCCGGCUGCAGAGACAUUUCUGCACCUUCGCCGUCAGUUUCCCUGGUUUGGACGCGUGCCACCACAUCUACAAGAGCAUCUUGGGCCAGCACUUGUCCAACUCGGCGAACAAGUUCGUGCCUCAGGUGUAUCGGUACACUGAGGUGCUGGUAGGCGUAGCCCUAGCGCUGCAUAAUAAGCUCUCUAGCACCUUCCUACCAACCGCCAUCAAGUUCCACUACAUAUUCAACUUGAGAGAUCUGUCUAACAUAUUCCAGGGAAUGUUGUUCACAACUGGAGACGCAAUAAAGACGCCUUCAGAGCUCAUUAGACUGUGGAUGCAUGAAGCAACACGCGUGUACUCCGACAAACUAGUCGACUCAGCUGAUAAUGAUACGUUUGGCAAACUUAUUCUAGAAAUGAUUAAAAAACAGUGUGAGGAUUACGAUGAAAAUGUGAUAUUGGAGAAACCUCUGAUUUACUGUCACUUUGCGGAAGGCAUAGGUGACCCCAAAUACUUCCCGAUCAAGGAAUGGAAUCAGAUCAAGAAGCUCUUAGAUGAAUCUCUGUCGGCCUAUAACGAUCUCGUGGCAACUAUGAACCUGGUGCUGUUCGAAGACGCCAUGUUCCACAUUUGCAGGAUCAACCGAAUCCUGGAGGCUCCUCGUGGUAACGCCCUGUUGGUUGGAGUAGGCGGUUCAGGCAAGCAGUCACUGUCCCGUCUAUCGGCUUUUAUAUCUUCGCUAGAAGUGUUCCAAAUACAACUACGCAAGGGAUACGGCAUCAACGAUCUAAAAGUCGAUUUGGCUGCUCUAAAUAUGAAAGCUGGCUUGAAGGCUAUUGGCAACAUGUUCCUUAUGACCGACGCCCAAGUCUCGGAGGAACGAUUUUUGGUGCUCAUCAACGACUUGUUGGCCUCCGGAGAAAUACCGGAAUUGUUUGCUGAUGAAGAGGUUGAGAACAUCAUCAACGGAGUUAGAGGAGAGACUAAAGCAACUGGUGUGCCAGAUACGCGAGAGAACUGUUGGAGUUUCUUCAUCAACCGCGUCCGGACUAUGCUCAAGGUGGUGUUAUGCUUCUCUCCUGUGGGUGCAACUCUGCGUAUCCGAGCGCGCAAGUUCCCCUCGUUAGUGAACUGCACAUCCAUCGACUGGUUCCACGCCUGGCCGCAUGAAGCCCUGCGCUCUGUGUCUAAGCGUUUCAUUGCUGAAGUCGAAUGUUUACCGGAGCACUUAGUAGAUCCAGUAUCACUGUUCAUGUCACACGUACAUCAAAGUGUGAACACUAUGUCUGAGGUUUACUUCCAUAAUGAAAAGCGAUACAACUAUACUACUCCAAAGACUUUCCUCGAACAAAUUGCUCUAUACAGCAAACUGCUUAAUGAAAAAACUAAAAAUUUGAAGAUGAUGAUUAUAAGGCUGGAAAAUGGAUUGGAGAAACUGGCUUCUUGUGCUGGGGAUGUCGCUGUACUGAAGGUGACUCUAGCUGAGCAAGAAAUUAUUCUGAAAGAGAAAAACAAAGCAGCUGAGGCCCUCAUUGAAGUUGUUGGCGCUGAAAGUGAAAAAGUGUCCAAAGAAAAGGCUUUCGCCGCGGAGGAGGAGAAAAAAGUAAAAGUUAUUGAAGAAGACGUGACAAUCAAAGCUAAAAUUUGCGCGGAUGACUUGGCUAAAGCCGAGCCUGCGUUGAUAGCCGCUCAGGAAGCGUUGAAUACGCUGAAUAAGAACAAUCUGACUGAGUUGAAGUCUUUCGGUUCGCCGCCUGAUGCUGUAGUCAAUGUGUGCGCGGCUGUGCUCGUACUAUUUGCUAAGAAGGGCAAGCUGCCCAAGGAUAGGUCUUGGAAGGGUUGCAAGUUGAUGAUGGCAAAAGUGGAUCAAUUUUUGAAUGAUCUGGUGUACUAUGACAAAGAAAAUAUUCAUCCCGACGUCGUUAAGGCAGUACAACCUUACAUCAAGAAUCCGGAGUUCAACGCUGAGUUCAUAAUGUCGAAGUCGGCUGCCGCGGCUGGUCUUUGCGCUUGGGUCAUCAACAUCGUGAAGUUCUAUGAGGUGUACGUCGUCGUCGAGCCCAAGCGCCGAGCACUCAACGCUGCUAAUGCUGAGCUGCAAGCCGCCAGGGACAAGCUGGCCUUCCUCACUGAUCAGAUUUCCGAACUUGAAGCGAAAUUGGAAGAAUUGCUAAAAGCCUUCCAGGAGGCAGUGAAUGAGAAGAUGAAGUGUCAAGCUGAAGCCGAUGCCACUAACGCUACUAUUGACUUAGCGAACAGAUUGGUUAAUGGUCUCGCCUCUGAGAAAAUCAGAUGGUCAGCGACGGUGGUAGACCUAAAGGAAUCGGGCGUGAUGUUGCCGGGCGACGUGUUGUUGGUCACGGCCUUCAUCUCGUACGUGGGCUGUUUCAUGCGCCGCUACCGCAUGCUGCUCAUCAACGAAGACUGGAUACCUACGCUUGCUAAAACCAAUCCUAAAAUCGAGAUGACGGAAGGAUUGGAUCCACUGUCGAUGUUAACGGAUGACGCACAAGUGGCCGCGUGGAACAACGAGGGCCUGCCCACUGAUACCAUGAGUACGGAGAACGCUACUAUACUCACCAACUCGGCGCGGUGGCCGCUCAUGAUCGAUCCUCAGUUACAGGGAAUAAAAUGGAUAAAACAGAAAUACGGGGACCAUUUAGUGGUGAUCCGUCUUACACAACGCAGCUACAUGGACCGCAUCGAGCGCAGUGUUAGCAACGGGGAUAUUGUAAUGCUGGAGAACAUUGGAGAAACUGUGGAUGCUGUGCUUGAGCCUCUGCUCGGUAGAGUACUCAUACGCAAGGGAAAAGUUCUCAAGAUAGGAGACAGAGAAAUAGAUUAUCACCCGAACUUCAGAUUCCUGCUUCAAACCAAGCUUGCUAAUCCUCACUAUCAGCCUGAAAUGCAAGCUCAGUGUACUCUUAUCAACUUUACUGUCACCAAAGAUGGUCUAGAAGAACAACUUCUUGGUGAAGUCGUAAAAGCCGAGCGUCCAGAUUUAGAAAGCUUGCGUUCAGGCCUCACGAAACAACAGAAUGACUUUAAGAUCACCCUCAAGACUUUAGAAGACGAUCUACUGAAACGUUUGUCAUCUGCUGGGCCCGAUAUUUUGAGUGACUCGGCGCUCGUCAUAAAUUUAGAGACCACCAAGAAAACUGCUGCAGAUAUUGAGAUAAAGGUCGAGGAGGGUAAAAUAACUGCUGUCAAAAUUGACGAAGCUAGGGAAAGAUAUAGGCGUGCCGCAGCCCGAGCUUCCUUACUAUACUUCAUCUUGAAUGACUUGUACAAAAUCAACCCGAUGUACCAGUUCUCCCUGAAAGCUUACAGCGUGGUAUUCAAAGACGCGCUGGCCAAGGCCGACCCGGCUGAUGAGCUGGAAGCUCGUGUCAUGAAUUUGCUUGACAGCAUCACGUUUGCAGUAUUCGUUUACACCAGCCGAGGUCUUUUUGAAAGGGACAAGUUGGUUUUCUUGUUCCUUAUAACGCUACAGGUUCUCCAAUCAGAAGGCAAAGUAGAUCCAAGAGAAUUGGACUUCUUGCUCAAGUUUGCGGUGGCACCAGAAAAUUCGCCAUACAACUGGCUCACCAAUAUCAGCUGGGGAGGAAUCAUUGCGCUUUCUAAGAUGGACGCCUUCGAGAAUCUCGACAAAGAUAUCGAAGGUGCAGCCAAAAGGUGGCAGAAAUACACGGAGGGCGAAGCGCCAGAGAGAGACAAAUUGCCAGGAGAGUGGAAGAAUAAGUCAUCGUUGCAACGGCUUUGUAUAAUGCGGGCGUUGCGUGCUGACAGAAUGUCGUAUGCUUCAAGUGCAUUUUGUGAAGAAAAUCUCGGCACAAAAUAUGUUGAGGCCCGAACUCCGGCGUUAGACAAGUCUUACCAAGAAAGCAAUUCUACCACGGCCAUGUUCUUUAUUCUGUCGCCUGGAGUCGAUCCGUUGAAGGAUCUAGAGAAAUUAGGUCGGGGUAUUGGCUUUGCGCCUGAUAAGAAGAAUUUCCAUAUUGUAUCUCUGGGACAAGGUCAAGAGGUAGUGGCUGAAGAAGCUAUGAAUAUCGCCUCGGCUAACGGCCACUGGGUUAUCUUGCAAAACAUACAUUUGGUCGCCAAAUGGCUUGCAGCACUUGAAAAGAAAAUGGAAGAAUGCUUUGAAAAUCCCAAACCCGAAUAUAGGUUGUAUCUAAGCGCUGAACCGGCUGGUGAUCCCGCUUACCACAUUAUCCCUCAAGGAAUCUUGGAGUCCGCUAUCAAAAUCACUAAUGAGCCGCCAAUCGGAAUGUGGGCGAACUUGCACAAGUCGCUGGACUGCUUCAGUCAGGAGACGCUCGAGAUGUGCAGCAAGGAGGCGGAAUUCAAAUCUAUUUUGUUCGCCCUGUGCUAUUUCCACGCUGUCGUCGCUGAGAGACGCAAAUUCGGUCCACAAGGAUGGAACAGGGUGUACCCAUUCAACUUCGGCGAUCUGACGAUCUGUGUGUACGUUUUGUACAACUACUUGGAGGCGAAUCCUCGCGUGCCCUGGGAGGACUUACGCUACCUGUUCGGAGAGAUCAUGUACGGCGGACACAUCACCGACGACUGGGACAGGCGCCUCUGUCGCACCUUCCUGCUCGAGUAUAUGCAGGCCGAAUUGGUGGACGGUGAGCUAGUUCUAGCUCCGGGCUUCAUAUCCCCGCCAAACUCAGAUUACGUCGGCUACCACGCCUACAUCGAUGACUUCCUACCAGACGAGACACCGUAUUUGUAUGGGUUACAUCCCAAUGCUGAAAUAGGAUACCUUACCACCGUAUCCGAAAGACUUUUCAGGGUGGUAUUUGAAAUGCAACCAAGAGAUACCGGAGCGCAAGCUGGAGGCGGCGCCAGUAAAGACGAACAGGUGCGAGCCAUGCUAGACGAUAUCCUGGACAGAGUACCAGAACCGUUCAAUCUACAAGAACUGAUGGGCAAAAUUGAAGAGUUGACUCCAUUCACAAUUGUUGCCAUACAGGAGUGUGAACGUAUGAACCGGCUCAUGGGAGAGAUUAGAAGGUCUUUGAAGGAGACGGAAUUGGGUCUCAAGGGAGAGCUAACCAUCAGCAGCGAUAUGGAGAACCUCAUGGAGUCACUAUUCAUGGAUCAUGUGCCAGAUGCAUGGAGCAAGUUAGCCUAUCCCAGUCUAUUGGGAUUGGCCGCUUGGUUCUCUGACCUCUGCUUGCGAUUAACUGAGCUGGAAAACUGGACUGGUGACUUUAACUUGCCGCCCGCGGUAUGGCUGGCUGGGUUCUUCAAUCCGCAGUCCUUCUUGACCGCCAUCAUGCAGCAGACGGCUCGCAAGAACGAGUGGCCUCUCGACAAAAUGUGCCUCAACUGUGACGUCACCAAGAAGAGUAGACAGGACUUCAAUGCCCCACCUCGUGAAGGCGCGAACAUCCACGGUCUUUACAUGGAGGGUGCCCGCUGGGACACCAUGACGGGCGGCAUCGUGGAGUCACGCAUGAUGGAGCUGUUCCCCAUGAUGCCAGUCAUCUUCGUCCGCGCAGUCACGCAGGACAAACAGGACACUCGCAAUGUGUACGAGUGCCCCGUCUACAAGAUUCGUAUGCGUGGGCCGACUUUCGUGUGGACGUUCAAUCUGAAGACCAAAGACAAGCCAACUCGCUGGACCCUCGCCGGAGUAGCUUUGCUGCUGGGAGUUUAAGGGUUAUAUUCACUUUAAAAUCAUAGUGUAGUGUGUUUUUGAUUCAGUGUUGUGCACGACAUAAUUAUGUGGUA